GGCACACUCCCGCCCCCCAGUGCACCCCCGCACUGCUACUUUCAGAUACACGGACUCCCUCCUGCCUGCCAGUCAGCCCAGGUCACCACUGCAGAGAGUAGCUGCUGCGCUGGAGUGCAGCUCCUGUCCGCGGCGCCGCCUCUGCACGUGCCGAGGACAUGGACUCAUCGCGGAAGCCAGAACCGUCAGCCCUGGAGGGGCCCAGGCCCGAUAUGGACCUGGUACGGCACAAGCCCAAGCGGGGCUUCACACGCCAGCAGAUCCUGGCCCUCACACUGGGGCUGAAGCUGGGUAGCCACACGUUACUCUGGAAGCCCUUCAAGAUCCUCGCCUUCCCCAAGCACACCUCGCCCCUGGAGAAACGACCCUCGCUGGCGGAGAACGAGAGGAGCCGUGCCUACGAGAAGGGCCAUAAUUUCAAGGUACACACGUUCCAAGGGCCGCAGUGGUGCGAGUUCUGUGCCAACUUCAUGUGGGGCUUGAUUACCCAGGGGCUCCACUGCACAGACUGUGGGCUAAACGCACACAAGCAAUGCGCCAGGCUCGUACCCAGGGACUGUCGGCCAGAUCCACAAAAGAUAAAGAAGGUUUUCAGCUGUGACCUCACCACGCUGGUCAAGGCUCACGACACAGAGCGCCCUAUGGUUGUGGACAUGUGUAUUCGGGAGAUAGAGCAGAGAGGUCUCAAGUCCGAAGGGCUCUACAGGGUCUCCGGCUGCACGGAACAUGUGGAGCACGUGAAGCUGGCCUUCGAUCGAGAAGGAGAGAAGGCGGACAUCAGCGCCCACAUGUACGCGGACAUCAAUGCCAUCGCCGGGGCGCUGAAGCUCUAUCUGCGAGAGCUGCCAGUUCCCAUCGUCACUUACGACGUUUACCCCAAGUUCAUACAUGCAGCAAAAAUGCCGGAUCCAAGCGCCAGACUGGCGGCUGUUCGCCAAGCUCUGCCCCUCCUGCCGGCCGCUCACCAUGAGACACUACGUCACUUGCUGGCGCACCUGAAGAGGGUCACCUUGUUCGAAAAGGAAAAUUUUAUGAAUGCAGAAAAUCUGGGUAUCGUGUUCGGGCCGACGUUAAUGCAACCACCGAGCCGCAACACUCUAGAAACUCUGAACGACACGCAGCACCAGAAAUUAAUCGUUCAGCUCUUGAUCGAGCAUGAAGACGUCUUGUUUUAAAGAAUCAGAAUGGAGUCACCUUUUAAAGACAGUGAAGUCACUGGAUAAUAUUGUCAUGGUGAGAUUUUCAACACCGGUACAAAUAUUUUUAAUUUGAUGUUGCACAAUAUGCAUUGAAGCUUUUAUGUGUAAUUCCAACAGAGUUUUGGAAAGUGUGGUUUUCAUAGUAUGCAUGACAGAUUUAAUGCAAAAAAAUAUAUAAAGAAAUCCACAUGGGCAAGAAACGUACCUGAAGGAUUUGACAGCUUAAAUUGUGAAGAAAAAUAUAUACAGUCUGUCUAUGGCCGCAUUUCUCCAGCCGGUUCCUGGGGACCCCCAAACAGUCCAUGUUUUUGCUCUGGGAGCUGGGAGGGAGCAAAAAUAUGGACCUUCUGGGGUCCCCGAGGACCAGCUGGAGAAACACUGCUCUGCAGGAUGGUCCAUGUGCAAACUGAGAUGUCUUCUUUUCGGAUUCUGAUGACUUUUUUAAAAUCAGGGUCUAUUACAGGCCAAACGACUAUGCAUUGAAUUUCCGAUGUUAAGUAGUCAACUAUGUAAAAUGUUUAAAAUGCUUAAAAUGACAAACAUCCAUAUUUCAUCAGUUUUACAAAACAAGAUUUAUAGCACAAUGAGUGCAUGAGACAGAGGAGAGCCUGUUGCCUCCGGUCCUCUUAGGAUAUAGGCAGGAGGUUACUGUCACUUACAUUGUCAUACUGCCUCGCCUUUCUUUAAUCACCUGGAUUUUCCUUAUCAGUCCACUGCAAAAAAAAAACUCUUCACCCACAAGAAAGGAUUGUCCUUGUAUCCCAGUGGUGACUUUAUCUGGUGAUUUGGUUAAAACUGGUUUAUCUGGUUAUUUGGUUAAUAUGUAAUGAAACGAAAUUUGCUUUCAGAUGUUAUUUGCGUAAAGAUCAAGUAUGUUUUUAAUUUACUGAAUGGAUUUUUUUUAUUUGAUUUAUUACAUAUGUCCCCAAAGUCAUGACUCUGUGAUUUCGAAGCAUAAUGACUCUCGCUUGUAAAAAGAAACUUGCCUUCAGAUGUUUUUUGCAUAAAGCUUAGGUGUGUUUUUAAUCGUGUAAAUGGGUUUUGUUUGUUAGAGAUGUUAAAUGUUUCCCCAAACUGACGACUGCUUCAAGUGACAGAGAAUUCCGUGUCUCCUGAGAUUCAUGUGUGUGUCUUGGGGUAAAUGCGGCAUUACUCUGGUCCGAAAUAAACCACCAGUUAUCAAAAA